GUGGAGGUGAGGGCAGCUCCUCACGGGGCCCACUUUCCUCCUGACAGGCACACGCAGCUCAUUCCUUCACAUCCAUUUCCAUCCACUGCCUACUCCAAGCCAGCUGGCCAGGGAGCAGCCAUGCCUCACCUCUACCGGGCCCCAGGGCCCCAGAUGCACCCAGUCCCCAAGGAUGCCCGGACUACCCACUCUUCAGGCCAGAGCUUCAAGCAGCUGAGGGAGGAGUGCCUGGAGAGAGGUGCCUUGUUUGAGGACACAGACUUCCCGGCCAACGACUCUUCCCUGUUCUACAGCGAGAGGCCCCAGGUCCCCUUCGUGUGGAAACGUCCAGGGGAAAUCGUGGAAAACCCAGAAUUCAUUCUUGGAGGGGCCACCAGGACUGAUAUCUGCCAAGGGGAUCUGGGAGACUGCUGGCUGUUAGCUGCCAUCGCCUCCCUCACGCUCAAUCAGAGAGCGCUGGCCAGAGUCGUCCCCCCAGACCAAAGCUUUGGCCCUGGUUAUGCCGGCAUAUUCCAUUUCCAGUUCUGGCAGCAUAGCGAGUGGCUGGACGUGGUGAUUGAUGACCGGCUGCCCACCUUCAGGGACCGCUUGGUUUUCCUCCACUCUGCUGACCACAAUGAGUUCUGGAGUGCCUUGCUGGAAAAAGCCUAUGCCAAGCUGAAUGGGAGCUACGAGGCUCUGAAGGGUGGCAAUGCCAUUGAGGCCAUGGAAGACUUCACUGGAGGUGUGGCUGAGACCUUCCUGACCAAAGAGGCCCCAGAGAACUUCUAUGAGAUUCUGGAGAAGGCCUUGAGGAGGGGCUCCCUGCUGGCCUGCUCCAUUGAUACCAGAAGUGCCGCAGAAGCUGAAGCCCGGACACCUUUUGGUCUUAUUAAGGGUCAUGCCUACACGGUAACGGGAAUUGACCAGGUAAACUUCCAAGGACAGAAAAUUGAACUAAUCAGAGUCCGGAACCCCUGGGGCCAGGUUGAGUGGAACGGGUCAUGGAGUGAUAGCUCUCCAGAGUGGCGUUCCAUCGGCCCAGAGGAGCAGAAGCGUCUGUGUCACGCUGCGCUCGAUGAUGGGGAGUUCUGGAUGUCAUGGAAGGAUUUCAAGGCCCAUUUUGACAAAGUGGAGAUCUGCAACCUCACUCCUGAUGCCCUGGAGGAGGACGCUCUCCACAAAUGGGAGGUGACGAUCCAUCAAGGAAGCUGGGUACGCGGCUCCACAGCUGGGGGCUGCCGCAAUUUCCUGGAUACCUUUUGGACCAAUCCACAAAUAAAAUUGUCCCUGACUGAGAAAGAUGAGGGGAAGGAGGAAUGCACUUUCCUCGUAGCCCUGAUGCAGAAAGAUAGAAGGAAACUCAAGAGAUUUGGUACCAACGUGCUGACUAUUGGUUACGCCAUUUACCAGUGCCCUGGUGAAGAUGGACACCUCGACAGAGACUUCUUCAGAUGCCACGCUUCCCAGGCCAGAAGCAAGACGUUCAUCAACCUGAGAGAGGUCUCCGGCCGGUUCAGGCUGCCCCCAGGAGAGUACAUCGUGAUCCCCAGCACAUUUGAGCCCCAUCAAGAAGCUGAUUUCUGUCUGAGAAUCUUUUCAGAGAAGAAAGCCCUUACCCGGGAUCUGGAUGGGGACGUGGACGUCGAUCUUCCUGAGCCCCCAAAGCUGACACCACCUGACCAAGAGACGGAGGAGGAGCAGCAGUUCCGGGCCCUGUUUGAGCGAGUUGCUGGUGAGGACAUGGAGGUGACAGCAGAGGAACUUGAAUACAUUUUAAAUGCCGUGCUGCAGAAGAAAAAAAACAUCAAAUUCAAGAAGCUAAGCCUGAUCUCCUGUAAGAACAUCAUCUCCCUAAUGGAUACCAGCGGUAACGGGAAGCUGGAGUUUGGGGAAUUCAAAGUGUUCUGGGACAGGCUGAAGCAGUGGAUCAACCUUUUCCUCCAGUUCGAUGCUGACAAGUCUGGCACCAUGUCCUCCUACGAGCUGCGGACUGCGCUGAAAGCUUCAGGCUUUCAGCUGAGCAGCCACCUCCUACAGCUGAUCGUCCUCAGGUAUGCAGACGAGGAGCUCCAACUGGGCUUCGAUGACUUCCUCAACUGCCUGGUCCGGCUGGAGAAUGCAAGUCGGGUGUUCCAGGCUCUCAGUGAGAAGAACAAGUUCAUUCAUCUCAACAUUAACGAGUUCAUCAACUUGACAAUGAACAUCUGAGGCUGCCCUGGUGGGGAUGCAGCCUGUGCAGAGGAGUUGUGGGUUUGGGACCACGCAGCUGUCAUGCCCAGAGUGCUCUGCUCUCCCAUCUUGAUCUGGGAAGAAGGAAAUGGACUCAGCUGUAUUUUCUGCCUUAUGUCCAGGUUUGGACAUGGCUAUCUUUUCCUCCCUCAGUUUUCUCUACUUCCUCCUGUUAAUAAUUACUAAAAGCUCUAGCACACAGAAUCCUGGCUUCAAUGCAGCUUUAAUCAGUAUACUCGGACAUCCUUACGAAAAGAGUAUUUUCAUAAAUGCAUUUAUGGGAUGAGAUGAGCAGAGAAAUGUAUGAAGUCAUAAUUAAGCAUUUUCUGCAUCCUAAGUAGAUUUCCUUGUUGGGGAAGACACCAGACCAGUGAGUCAAUAUGACAGUGUCUGUCCAGUCCAGACAUUCUUUGCGUCUAAAGCCUUUGGAUCAGAAAAACCAAAUGCUAUGUUAUUUCUUCUCAGGAAGUCCAAAUUGUGGUCAGACUUGCUCUCACUCCUGCCCACUGUGAAUAGAGUGGAGAAGUCUCCCUAUAGCACACCAGUGCUGAACAGGAGGAUCCCACUGAACUGGAAUAACAGGAGAUAACACAAUAAGAUAUUGGCCCAAUAACGCUAACUCCCACAUUCUCCUUUGUACACUGUGGCAGAUGAGGUGGGAGGUAGGGAGUGGGUUGUGUUGAGAGGGAAGAAGAAAGAAUGGUUGGGACAGAGAUCAAGUUCAAAGUGCAGCCUCAUCAGAACCUGUCCUUUACUCAUAGUCAAAGAUGCUAAGGCAUCGUGAUCUCUUCUCUUACUUCCAGCCCUUCCCUGGGCUCCCCGUACAUGGAUGCAGGACAGGAGCUCUUGGUCAGGCACAGGCUGAGGACCAAGGCUCUGUAGUGCAGCACCCACCAGCACAAACACACGCAUGGCACCUCUCUGGCUGAGUCUGUGCCCACUGUUAUCAGUUCCUGUGGCUGCCCUAAGAUUAGUUAGAUGGCGUGAAUACUAACCCUGCUCACAGGUAAAAAAUGGAAGGAAGCCUCAUUGUAUGAGCUCAACUGGUCAAGAAAAAAAGAGAGGAGACAUAAAUUAACAAAGUCAGGAAUCUAAGAUGGUGCAACACUACUGACCCUACAGAAAUUAAGAGGAUAAGUGAAUAUCAGAAGCAACUUUAUGCCAACAAAUUAGACAAUUUAGAUAAAAUGAAAAAUUCCUAGAAAAAAAUAAAUUACCUUAACUGACUUAAAAGGAAACUGAAAAUCCUGAAUAGCUCUACAGAGAUUUACUUUUGUAACAAGUAAAGAAAUUGAAAUAAUAGUUUAAGAAUUCAAGUGGGGGGAGGGGAAAAGGAAGGAGAGAGGGUGAUUGGUAAGUUCUCACCUAAUGUGUACACUUUAAGGGUGUACCGCACACCCCUUGGGUGAAGGGCUCAACUAUAACUUGAACUUUACCUUAAAAAUGCAAAAAAUGUAACCUAAUCAUUUGUAUCCUUAUAUUAAUCUGAAAUAAAUAAAAUAAAAUAAAAUUUCCACAAUAGAACACAUUAUUUAAAAAAAAAUCUUUACCUGAAGAAAAGCCCAGGCCCAGAUAACCUUGCUAUUUGAUUCUACAUAAUAUUUAAAGAACAGAUAGCACCAAUCUUACACCACACCUGUAGAAUGUAGAGGAAGAGGGAAGACUUCUCAGCUCAUUCUAUAAGGCUAGUAUGGCUUUAACAAAGACAGGAAAAGACAUCACAAGAAAACCACAGACAAACUCAUAUUGUAAUAAUUCUUAACAAAAUAUUAGCAAACCAGAUCCAACAGUGUAUAAAACAAUCAAACAUCAUGACCAAAUAGAAUUUAUCUCAUGAAUGCAAGAUUGUUUUAACAUCCAAAAAUCAAAUAUUGCAGCAUACAAAUAGAAUAGAAAGGGCAAAAAACUCAUGAUCAUCUCAGUAGACCCAGAAAAAGUAUCCAACAAAAUCCAACACCAUUCAUGAUUUAAGUUUGUUUUUUUUUUUAAGUCUAAGAACAAUAGGAAACUUUCCUAACUUUAUAAAGGGUGCCUAUGAAAAACCUAUAGCUUAUAUCAUUCUUAAUGGUAAAAGAAUAAAAUCUUUCCCCAAAGAUUGAGAAUAAGGUGAAGAUGUAAGUGCUCACCACUUUUAUUCAACAUUAUCCUAGUGAGCCCACCCAGUUUAUUGGGACAAGAAGAUACAAGGGAAUGCACACAGAUUGGGAGGGAAGAAGUAAGCUUCUUAAUUCACAGUGACUUGACUCUGUAUGCAAGAAAUCCUUAAGAUACUAUAUAAAAACUACAUAAAGAACAAAGUUGGUAUGUAAAUAAGUACACUGCUUGGUUUCAAAACAGAUUGUAAAGCUAGAGUAAUCAAAAAGAGUAUGGUUUUAGCUUAAGGACAAAA